AUGUCUGAGCCGCGACGGUCGACGAGGACGCGCGCCCGCGAAGAAGCCGCCCCGGCUGCCCCCGCGCCCCCCGAGACGCCCAACGAGAAGCCUGCGCGAGGCACAAAGGCGUCGUUGAAGCGCAAGCGCACGAGUUUGCCUGCCCAAGAGCCAACUCCAUCGACACCACCCGUCCCAGAUGGCACACCACUCCCCCCGAAACAGACGCUGCCCCUCCGAAUAGUCGAUGGCGCGCCCUUGCCCACACUUCCCGAGCCCCAGCCUCUCGAUCUCCCCUCCAGCGAAUGGCAGACAAUUCAGCAGAGCGGCGUCUUGGAGACGUCGUUUGAGCGCUCCAAGGCAGUAUGGCUGUCGGGCACAAACUUUCGCACUUUCCACACCCACUUCAGUCAGCCGAAGAAGCUGGCAGACCGGACGGAUGAGGACAAGGCCAAGGCGCAACGGCAGAAGGAGCUGCUGAAGAACUUUCCCCAGAUCGGCGCCGACAGAGUGGUGGUGAAGCUCGUAAUAGAACCCCAUACACUUCCCAUCAAGCUCUAUGGGCCACGCGAAGUGGGCAAGCCCGCGCACAAGAAGACGCCUGCGCCGUCACCAUAUCCACCGUGGCCUAACCACAACUACAAUCAUGGCCAGCCCAACCAGCAUACAAAAUAUCAUCACGGUCCGCCGAUACAGCAAAAGCCGCAACCUCGCCCGCCACCCCCGCCACCACCAAAGCCGGUUCAGGUAGCCCCUCCGCCGCCCGCGACCCCAGCGCCCACGCCAGCGCCAGAUCCUGUUAUUCACAUGCUGGCCGCGCGUGCAGGAACAGACCCAGAACUCAAGGCUGUCAUGAAGAUUGUCGCGGCCGGUUCGGCGAGCAAGGAGCAACUUGAGUUCUUCCAGAGCCACAUCAACGAGUUGACAGCUAUUCUAGCCCGUCAAAAGGAAGAGAAACUACCAAAAGCUGCGCCAAUGCCCCCCGCCCCCAAGCCCGCACCACCGCCUCCGCCUCCUGCUCCAAAGCAGACAGCCCCUCCUCCGCCCCCAAGGCCUGUGCCCGUCUACAAUCCUCCACCGAGAACGACAUACCGUCCCUUGGUCUUCAGCUUUGUACAUGGAAGCGAGGACAAGUUUUACUUCCCGUCAUACAGCUUCAUGGAAUGGCUACCGAAUGGCACUGGCGCGAAGCUGUCGUUUCUAAUCACCAAGAUGAAGCCAAAGGCAGAUCCCGCCCCUGAGCCUCCUUCAACACCUGCUCCAAAAUCUACGCCCGCGCCAGCGCCAGCGCCUGCGCCAACGCCUACACCAGCACCACCCACUCCCCCAAACGCCAUGACGCCCACGCCGAACAAUGCAAAUCCUGCUCAUACGCCCAUACAACCCGCCGCCCCAGCGCCGUCAACACCUGCCGUCCCACCUAAACCGCCUCAACGAAUUGAGGAUUUUGACGAGAUGAACGAAAUAGACAACAUUGAGCUCUACCAGCCCGUAACUGUCCUUCUGCUCAUCGAGAAAGAUGAAGGCGAUGAGAUUGCAAGCGCCCUCCCACGCUCAAUACGGCCACCUCAUGUUGUAGAAAAGUAUAUGAAUGCGGUGUUUGACCGUUGCAAGCGGGCCGAUGAGACGUAUCUGGCAUUUAGAUUGCCAAGAGACGCUGACGAGGUACCAGAGAAAAGGGCCAGAAGUGGCGAUGGAACGCCUUCAGUUGUUACACCAGCACAGGAUGUCAACAUGGCAGCCAUGGGUACAAUUGUAGUCACUGCAGCCGAGAGGAAAAAGGCCGGACGACCUAGGAAGAGUUUUGCCUGAACUAAUCCUGGUGCGUGUAUGAAUAGGAUUAUUAAUACCAAACGGGAUUCCUGGAGGAAAAUACAGCCUUGUAUUACUACAAAGUACAAAUGA